CUUUCUCUGAGUCUAUAAAGUAAAAACAUAGCGAACAAACAAAGACAUCUAAUUUUACUUUCUAAAGAUCUCUGUUUCGUCUUUAUUUGAAUUGAAUUGUUCUUCGUUUUCUUUUUUUAGAUUUCUAGGUCAAAACUUUUGAUCCAUUCUCUCUCUCUGUGAUCGAAAGGUUUAAACUUUUUUUUUAUUUUAUUUUAAUUCGACGAAAAAACCUCUCCGGCGAUGGUUUUAUCGGCGAAGCAAACUUUCUCAACUAAGAUCGGACUUUUCCGACGAAACCCUUCUUCUCUACACCAAAGAUCUCCACUUUCUCUCUCCUUUCCAUCGACGACGGAGCUUCCAAAACGCACCGUUUUAUCCGUCACGAAGCCGCUUCAUCUCUCUUCUCUGAGAGCCAAGUCUCCGUUAGUGAGACGAUGUGAAGCUUACGAAGCUGACCGAUCAGAGCCAACGCCUCCGAUCGGUGGUGGUGAUGAUGCUUCGGCGGAGGCAGCGCUGGAAACGAAAUCGGAAGCGGCUAAGCGUUUGAAGAUCGGGAUUUACUUUGCGACUUGGUGGGCUUUGAACGUUGUGUUCAAUAUCUACAACAAGAAGGUCUUAAACGCUUACCCUUACCCAUGGCUUACCUCGACGCUUUCUCUUGCCGCUGGUUCGUUGAUGAUGCUUAUCUCUUGGGCUGUUGGGAUCGUUGAGACUCCCAAGACUGAUUUCGAUUUCUGGAAAACUCUUUUUCCGGUUGCUGUGGCGCAUACAAUUGGUCAUGUGGCUGCGACUGUGAGUAUGUCAAAGGUUGCGGUUUCAUUCACUCACAUCAUUAAGAGUGGUGAACCUGCGUUUAGUGUGCUUGUCUCUAGGUUCAUUUUGGGUGAAACCUUCCCUACUUCAGUGUACCUGUCACUCAUUCCAAUCAUUGGUGGUUGUGCUCUCUCUGCUCUUACUGAGCUUAACUUCAACAUGAUUGGUUUUAUGGGAGCUAUGAUAUCGAACUUGGCUUUCGUCUUCCGUAACAUCUUCUCAAAGAAGGGAAUGAAGGGAAAGUCUGUGAGCGGAAUGAACUACUACGCCUGUCUCUCAAUGUUGUCCUUAUUGAUCCUCACUCCCUUUGCGAUUGCGGUUGAAGGACCUCAGAUGUGGGUCGAUGGUUGGCAAAAUGCGCUCGCUGCUGUCGGACCACAGUUUGUCUGGUGGGUGGUCGCGCAGAGUGUGUUCUAUCACCUUUACAACCAAGUCUCUUACAUGUCUUUAGACCAAAUCUCUCCCUUGACAUUCAGUGUUGGUAACACGAUGNUUAUCCUCUCUAUUGGGAAUUUGCAAUUUGCUUAUUUUGCUUUUAUUUAUUCAUCAAAGUCACCACUUCUCUUUUUAUUUUUUGCUUAA